AUGUCUGCAUUCUUCAACAUAGCAAAGGCCAUCGUUGGCGCCGGCAGUUUUUCACUUCCAUGGGUGCUGGAGAACGAGGGGUUGUUGGGAGGAACUUUAACGAUCGUUGUCUCUGCUGCUCUAGCGUCUUACACCAUCACCUCUCUCAUUGACAGUAAGAACAUCGUCGAGCGAAACACCGACAGGUCCGGAAGCUCCUACGUGGACAUCGCCAGGGAAGUUCUCGGGAAAGAGACGGCCAACUUUGUUUUCGCCAUGACCGUUCUUGCCAGCAUGCUUGUGUGCAGGUAUGAGAGAUGA